AUGGCGGUCGGACGUGUGUUCGGUUCUCUCCACCUGUUAAUAACUGUUGUUGGUUUGUUUUCAACAACAGUUCAUAGUUGUCGGCUUAUUCAUAAAUUUUAUGAAUUGGGCAGUGGUGAUGGUGAAUUUGUCAGUUUUAACGGGCUUCAACCGUUUAAUGUUCAUGCUAAAGUGCUGAGACAAGAUCUCGUGCGUGGUCGAGCGAAGGUUUUCCAUGGUCGUAAUGUUUUGUACUACAGUAAUGCCAAUUCAUGUCUUCCAUGUUGUUUUAGUUUAACAACUCUAUUGGAUAUUGUCCAAACGGCAGAAGUGCGAACGGGACUCGAUGUCCCAUGCGAGGCACUUCCCCGAGGCACUUCCCCCGCGGCGUGCAACAAGCACUAAACGGUGAAACACCACCGAGAAUAUACGUUGAAUACUCACACUUACAGGCAACUGAUUUGAAUGAAAUCACGUCCAUGUAUCAGAAAUAACAGGGUGAGUCAUCAGAAAUCGUUAAAUUGAGCAAUUCCCAUUCGUUUGAGAUGAAAAAUGGCAAAAGUUGAAAUUGAUUUUUCGCCGCGAUUUGUACGAUUACAAUGAGGACGGCGCGCUAGGCCCCAGUGUUUGCAACCCCGGCAAUAUGACGGAAAUAACCUUGAAGGGGUCUAUUGUGUCGAGGUCCAUCUGGGCAGGGUGUUCAAACUCAUCAUGGACACAAAUUUGGAUCGAAAAGCUUUUAGUUCAGACAUGCGAACUGGCUGAUACGAUUCCGAAAUGAUCCUUCUGAAAUCGUCAAGUUUGACAGGUUGCAAUUGGAUUGGCUGGUUUAAAAGUUCUCAAAUGGGGCAUCCCAAAAAGAUAUCAAUGGUUGCAGGCGGUCUUUCAACCUGUGUGCGUCCCGCACACCGCGCAAGAGCGCCAGCUACGCAGGCUCAGAGGCCCUGUGUUGUGUUUUCGCAAGGCAGAUAAGUCGCUUAAAUCUUGCACAACUUUUCCUAAUUCCUAAACAAAUAGUUAUUACUUUGUUGUUUACUCCUGGACUGGAAUUCUUAGCGUCAUUAAGCAGGACACUUGGAAAAAAACUUAAAAAAAACACACACCUUCUUUCAAUUUCCUCCAAUGCCUUCUUGUAUGACAGCCUUUUUUUAGGUGGGAAAUCAGAUGUUGAAGUGAAUUUGCAGGCAGUAAUCAUAAACCUGUUGUUUGAACAUCAUUUCCAACUGCAAUGCACUGUCAAGAGAGUGCCGUUCAUUUGUUUACUUGGACUACUUGUUAACUAGAUUUCAGUUUAAUACGACAAAUAUAUGACAUGGGUGGACCUUAUGUAGGUGCCUGGUACAUGACGGAUUUUGUUGAAUAAAUUAAUAUGCUGAAUUAAUAGUGUAGUUUGUAUGAAACUAUACUCUGUGAUUAUAGUGAAUUUUCCUCGCAUUAAUGGCUCCUAAAAUAGCUGGUACUUUGCUCAAUGUUGAAUGUUUAUUUCAUUGAUACGACGAUCAAUGCAAGCAUGAUAUGGUUUCGUUCAAACUACACUAUUUUAUACGCAAAAUCUGAAAGUGGAGCCUGAUCGAUCAACAAUCAUUCAAUCAACAUAAUUUUGUGGUAUAAGUAUAGGAAAUUACACGGUUUGAGAAGUAUUAAUGAAAAAUUGCAUGCGUGUUUGGCGAAAUACCACAAGUGCGAAGCACGAGUACCAGUAUUAACCAAGUACCAGAUAUAUGCAUACAACAUGAGACAGAAGAAAAUGUCGGAAGUGAAGAGACAGUCCAGCUAAGUGAUUCCCAAGACAACCCUACUGAUACAAAUUUUGAUUCAAAUUUUGAUAAUCUCUGUGCUUCUCUUCUUUUUAAUGAAAUCAAUAGUGAUUUAAUCGAUAGUGAAUUAAGUGAAACAAUUAAUGUAGAAAGUACCAAUGCUGAGUCAGCCAGUAGUGAUAGUGUAGUGCAUGAAUCUAAGGCAGAAGAUAAUGAAGUAAGUCUUAAAACAAUUCUCGAACAAAAGAGACAUUCCAUUUGUAAAACUCAAACAACUAAAUUUAACAUUUGUCGAAGUAAUAUUUGGGAGGGAACAAAAAGAGCAAUGUUGAGAAAGUCAUUUUCGCCAUCAAUAAGAUAUCAGUUAAGUUUACUGACGAUAUUGGUAUGUUGGAAGGCGCUGUGGACCUUGGUGGUCCGAUGAGGGAAUGCAUGACAUUGGUCUUGGAAUAUUUAACACAUUCUGAACUAUUUACUGGUCCUAACAACAGCAAAUUGCUGUCAUGUAGUGGUAAGUGUUUGGAGGAAUCUGAGUACUUUCUCGUUGGUCAGUUAACUGCCAUGUCUCUUGUACAUGUUGGCAUUGGUCCCAGGUGUCUUAGUCCAAUUCUUUUUGAAUGCUUGACUGGUCAUCCGGACAAAGUGUCUGUGCACUUGAAGAUGUGUGCGAUCAUGACGUUAGGUCUCUCUUGAAAGAACUCCUUGAUUCGAAAACAAUAGAAGAGGUGCAAGAUAUGAUGCAUAGUGCAAAUUUAGAAACACUUAUUGAUAUUGCAGGAAAUUUUAAGGUAGUUAAAAGUUUAGAUGAUGUUAAGAAGAUUGUUAAUUCUACUGUUUAUUGGUUUGUUUUGGGACGAACUCGUGCUUCUUUGGAGAGUUUUAAAGAAGGACUUGCUGCAUUCGACAUUCUGAACAGCAUUGUUGCAAAUCCACUUGCACUUAAACCUGAAAUGUGUUUUACAGAGCAGGUGAUAACCAAUGAAAUGAUGACCGAACUUUUCUGUGUAAGCAGAAGCGAGAUAGGCUCGAACAAGUAUGAGUUAGAAAGUAUAUUACUGUCUUUUUGGCAGGAUCUUUUGGUUGAUAUUGAGGAUGGAGAUGUUGGUGUUACGUAUUCUGACAUACUAUUUUUUUCCUCUGGGUGCAAGGUAAUUCCAUCCAUAACCUUUCUUCCUGAGAUGAAAUUCUUGCAUGAGGUAGAACAGAAUGGAUUGCUGUCACAAUCACUUGUGCUUCUACCUUAUAUCUCCCAACAAUACACAAGAAUUAUGAUGAUUUCAAACAGGCUGUGACAUUUGCAGUUGUGAACAGUAAGGGAUUUGGUUGUCCUUAAAUAACUUACUGUACAUAUAGAUGACAUUACUGUACAAUUGUAUAUAUUAUGUCAAUUUAUGUGACUUACUGAAGGUUCGGGUGAACGGUGUGGAAAUAUGUGUACUCAAAGCCAUGGGGCAAUUGGAGGUGUUUGUUCACAUAUUCCCAUGGUGGGGAUCAGGACGUUUGUACAUUGACUAGUCUUUCUAAUCAACUGCUCUACACAUGAAAAUUUGAAAGAAACCAACAAUUAUCAGGCUUAAAACCACAAGGUUGAUAUUCUAUUCAAUUAAUUUGUGAACUGCAGUACAGUCGUUUAUCCAAUUAAUUUAUAUGGCAUUAUAAAUAAAAAUUCCUUUUGUUUAUGAUAAAUAAAAUCCUGUUGUACACUUAAAUGCAACAAACACAAACCCACAUGCAGGAAUUAGCGAUAGUGAGCUCAAAGUGACGUUCCGAAAACAGAUAACUAAUUUUGGCGGCAUUUUGCAUCAUAUCACUCGUGUAAGGAAGCAGAAUACUUUACAAAUCUAAUUUAACAUUUUUUCAUGUGUUGAAGAUUACCACAUACUGACAGUUUUUAAUCCAGUCCUCCCUUGCCAAUCUGUGUUGUCAAAACCGAUGAUUGCUUAAGCUCACUAUUGUCUUUUGCAACACUUGGUUUAUGCUGUAAUUUUUGUUGAACCUAAGUUAAUUAAUGUUAAUUAAAACAUUCUAUUUCAUAUGAUUCAAAUUGAAGUUAUUGUUUUAUAUAUACAGUAAAUCUAGAUUUACCACGUUCUAGUGAACAGUUUACCAGAACAGAUGCAUAGAUUGUAUUAGUACUUGUACAUAUUCUGUAUACAGUAUCUUUAUACUACAUGUUUACAUUGAUAUUUCAAUUUUGUUAAAAUAAAAAAUGUUUUACCACUGGUUCAUAAAUGGUUAUAAAUUAAUACAGGAUUUUUUAUGUGUGUGUUAGUGUUAUGUACUCAGGUGAAUAUGAUGUUUGUGAUAUAUGUUACUCUGAGUGUGCAUCCACACCAGGCAAGCUGAAAAGUUUGCUUGGCCACAGUGGGAAUCGAACCUGCGACCUUUGGGAUAAUAGUCCAAUGCUCUGUCAGCUGAGCUACGUGGUCAAGUCAGUUCGAUUUGAUGAUAUUUCGGUACUGAGGCUAGGCCCUUCAGUAUCAGUGUAUUCUAUGAUAUGAUUAUUUUGUGUGUGUUGGUGUUAUGUACUCAGGUGAAUAUGAUGUUUGUGAUGUUACUCCGAGUGUGCAUCCACAAUGGGCAAGCUGAAAAGUUUGCCUGACCACGGUGGGAAUCAAACCCGCAACCUUUGGGAUCAUACUAGUCAACUCGGAAUAACAUCACAAACAUAAUAUUCACCCGAGUAUAUAACACCAACACACACAAAAAAUUGCGAUCUUAGAAUACAUUGAUAUCGAAGGAACUAGACUCAGUUCCGAAUUAAUUGGUUAUAUUUCAGAUUCCGAAAUAUAACCAACUCGAACCUAGUACUAGUAACCCAAAGGUCACAGGUUCGAUUCCCACUGUGAUCAGGCAAACUUUUCAGCUUGCCCGGUGUGGAUGCACACUUAGAGUAACAUAAUACAUGAUGUCCUGCACAGUUUCAUACCACUCCAUACAGUAAGUGGUACAGUCAAGUCGAUAGACAAACAUGCCUGCUGAUGGACAAAUAUUUGUCAGAUGGCCACUCACAAUAUAAAUUUUAAUAAUGCUGCUUUUACCCACAGUCAUACUUUAUUAUUUUACUCUGUCUAUUAAUGCCAGACAGUUUUACUCGUCGAGGGGAUAAUGAUACCAGUGAAUGGGUCAACAUCAAUAUUUCCUGGGAUUUGUUUUACUUUUAUGCAAUUUUUUGCCAUUAAAUACUAUAAUAGUUUUAUAGUAUGCCUGUGAUGUUACUCUGAGUGUAUAUCCACACCAGGCAAGCUUGAGAAAUAGGCCUGGCCAUGGUGGGAAUCGAACCUACAACCUUUGGAAUACUAGCCCAAUGCUCUGCCAACUGAGCUACGCAGUCAGGUCGGUUCGAAUACUCUCGUUCGAAUACUCUCUCGCAACAGUUUCAUGUGGUGACUUUCUAAUAGUGUGACUAUUCCAAUGAUCUUUCAAUUUUUUCAUGUCGUCUUGAAGCAGUUUGUGAUAGCAAUACCACAGGCAUUCCAUGUGAUAAACAUUUCCAAGUUCCAAUAUUUCUUGAUGAGACAUGUCUUGAAAUAGAUCAAUCCACCAGCUUGAAUGACUUCACCUCAAAAAGGACCUCAAUCCUCUGAUUAGCAGGAGACGACCCAUAAAUAUGUGAUUUCUCUCCAGCAAAUUCAUCCAAUCCUUCCGCUCGAAGAUAACAUUGCAUACCAGGCAAAACUACAUUUUCGGUUCCACAGUCUGUUCUCACACGCUGUGAGCAGCCAACCAAUAUCUUUAACACAGUUUAAAUAAAGUUCGGGAAUAACCUGUGGAUUUUUAUUUGAUCUUAGCACUUCUAGCCAAAGUACUCGCCUGCUGUAACCACAAAUGGCACCAUGAAUUGCAAAUCCAUAUGGUAGUAAUUUAUCAUAGCCUUUACAAAAGAAAAAUAAUUACUUGCUAGCCCUUGUUUGUACUGUAGUAGUUAACACAGGUGGAAUCUCUCCAACCCCUCUAAUAAGUGUUCAAACCCACCGAAAUUUCGCUUCAGCCCUCCUAUUUUGUGUGAAAGGCUUUAACCCUAACCCCUGCCAAAACUCACUUAGUGGUGCCGCUUGCACCCCGCUAGAAAUUUUUCUACUCCUCCUUUCAAAUAAAUGAAAAUCCACCCUUGAUAGUUAUGUCAAUACAGAAUUACAAACAAGUAUGAUGGUUAUGAAUGCAUUAUUGCAUUGUUUCUUUUACAUACUGUAUUCUCAUUAAAUGAAAAUGAGACAUUCCAAAAAUUAUCACAGCCGGGCCACAAAAAAGUUCUAUGCAGUACUGUUACUUAAUAUCUCGAUGGCUUAGUGGUACGAAUUUAAUGCUAUUUCUAGUAGCCGAUAUCUAAAAAAAAAUUUUUCCUGACUAUGACAAGAAAAAAUAGUCACAAAAAUUUUCCCCAUCAAUGUCUACUUAAAAAGAUAUAAAUUUCACAAGUUCACCAAUUCCUGCUUUUGGGGGCUAUCCCACUGAGCUCUACUUAAUAUAUCUGGAGAUCGUGCUCCAAUACCUCGUCAGUCAAAAAUGUGUGGCCAAAUUUACGUCAUUUUGACGUCAAAAUCGACCUAAAUUUAUGGUGAACACCACUGACCUAAAAUACUAAAGUGAAGGAAAAAGUUAUUCACACCCCCCUUUCAAUUUGCUUAAAGCAGAAGGAGGUAAAUUCAAAAUUUCGGUCGGAAAUUUCAAUGUUUAAAGCGAGACAUUUGCAACCAUGCCAACUUUUUGUUCAAUACCUGGUUGCCAAAAAUCUACUGAAAGAAAGGACCUGUCUUCACAUGGGUAAGGCUCAUAUAAUAUGUUUUUUUUUGUAAUAAUUUAACGCAUGCUGUAUAAUUGAAUGCGUAUUAAAAUUUGUGGUCUUUGUGAAUUAAUGAAAUUUUAAUAUUGGCAAGCAACUCACAAUACAAUACAAUUUAUGUUAGUGAAUCCUUGUAUUUGAAAUUUUGUAACUUGGCUAUUUAUUGGUGUACUACAGUGCAAAAGCUGAAAAGCAGAACAAUAUUUAAAAUGUUGACCGGUUUGUGGAGCUGUUGUCGAGCAAUGGCGUGUCACGUAUGGCACUACUCAGGCGCUACUAAACCUUAUCACUGUCACUGACCUUAUCAAUACAGUACAGUACAGAAAUGCAAGGCACCUGGUCUAAAAUCCUAUCGAUAUCCUAACAGAUAAUUUGUUUUAUAAUGCUAUUGUAUAAAACAAAGUCAAAUGAGAAUUUGAACAAUAUGAUGAUAUGACUAGCUUUAAAAUUAAUGUAGAAAGCCUUUCAGUCGUUGUAUUGUCUUUAUUGUGGACUAAACCAUGUGUUGUUCAGUGUGGCAUUGUUUAUUUUGUAAGUUAUAUGUAUCGUAUUGCACAGUGUAACUAGACACUAAAAACAAUUGUUCAUGUACUUUUGAAUUGCUUUCCAGAUGAGAAGAGAUUCCCUGAAUUGCACAGCAUAUGGGUGAAGAAUAUAAGCAAACUUAUGCCAGUGAAGUUUGUUCCUAUGAAAAAUAGUCGUUUGUGUUUGAAGCAUUUUAGUGCAGAUAUGUUCGAGAAGGGUUAUAGUCAGAGACCAGUGUUAAAGCCAUAUGCUGUACCAACAAUCUUUAAUGAUUGCUUUGGUCAGGUGGGUUGUCGUAUUUACAGUUUAGGGAGCGGUCAUUAUUUAUGGUGGGGAGUGGCACCAAAGAGAUUUAAAAUGGUUAGGUAAACAAAAUUUCGAGUAAGUAAAAAGGUGGGUAAAUGAAAACUCAAGCGUUGGGUAAGAAAAAAAUGUUCCAUGCCAAGCAUGUCUUUAGUUACUAAAAUAUUGAAGACUAAAAAGCAAUGUCAACAAUCAUGUGUCAAUACAAUAUGUGAAUCUACCAGAAUCACGAUCUUGAUAUUUUCAGAUUUGUCGGGAGACAAAUAAUGUCUCCAAAGAAACUACAUAAUUGUACAGACAAUAUAAAACUUUAGACUGCAGAAAAUUUCACAAACCGUUAUCAAACUCGUGUCACAGAAGUGGUACCGGUAAAGGACAUGUGUCACAAUUGAAUGGUAUCCUUUUGUAAAGUUUUGGCCAGGGGUGGGUAUUUAUUUUUUAAUUGAUUUUCAAGGUUGGGCAAUCAAAUUUUGUACUUUUUCACCCAUUUAGUUGCAUUGCGCCCUGAUGCACCCUACUUUAGUACGUGUCUUUGGUGCCACCCACCACCAUAAAUAAUGACAUGUCCCUUAUUAUGAGUGUAUCAGUAUAAUUAAUUAACCCAUUAAACACCAGCACCCUCCCAUUGAUGAGUAAAAUUGUCUGGCAUUAGACAGAGUAAAAUGCUAAAGUAGGGUGCAUCAGGGUGCAAUGAGACUCAAUGGGUUAAUGGUCAUACUGUACAAGAGGGGUAAUUAAUACUGAAUUUUAACACUAUUCAAUGAUUAAUGCCUGGCAUACUGUAACUGCCAAAGUUACAGGGAUGUAAAGAUGCUGUCAUGCAACCUCUUUUGCAUGGGCCUUUUGAUAUUGGAUAAUUGGACAAACCUUAAUUUUCAUACAAUCUAUGAAUCUAAUAUAUUUAUACAAUAUAUAUUAGAUUAUCUACAAUAUAUGUAAUUAUUAUAUAUAUCUACAAUAUAUAUUGUGUUAUUACCUCUGACACCAGCUCAGUGUAUGAGGCAAAGAGCAAAGGCACACAAUAGAAAAAGAUUGAUACAAAAAAGUCCUUUUACAAGUUAGAGCAUAAAAAUAUUUUUACAAAUAAAUGAGACAGUGUUUAUGAAUUAAUCAUAUGGAAGGUUUUCAUACCUUAUAAACAAACAAAACCUGGCAAUUUUUUUCAGAACACGUAUCUCUAAACAUUUGGACAUUCUUGACAUCCUCUACUGUUGUUGUGGCAUGGUUAUCAGCAAAAGCUGCCAGAAUCUUUUUUUCCUAUUGUUAACAAAUCUCUUUCUUCCUCUAAAAAGAAAGCUGCUGCUCACAUCAAUUGAUAGGUAGCUAAUUGAUGAAUUACAUCAUUAGUUAGUAACACUAACCUUAAUAGUUGAACAUCCUAAAGUAUGUACUGUAAUUUUGUAAAUAAUUUUCAUAUUUUUCAAAAUAUUUCUUAAAUUUGUAUUUGUCAGCUUUGGGUGAAUAGGCUUAUUAAAUAUGAUUUUUGCCUUUCUUACAGGUACCGGUACAAAUGGAGUUGUUGCCUUUGGAUAUGUCAAAGGUUGUUCGUGAUGAUGAAAAGUUGUCUGAAAAGCAAGAGGGUAUAAAAGUCACUGAAGACAGCUCUAUGAUUAAUGCAGAGCUGGGUAGUGGUAUUGUAACUACCAGUACUAGAGAAAAGAGAAAACACUCUGAAGAGAGUGAUUAUAUUAAUGAG